UCACUGAGCUUCAUAUUCCGAAUCUCUGCAAAAUAAAAACUGUUGUUUAUCUCUGCAAUACAAUACCACUUUUCUCUUUCUAGAUCCUUCUCUUUCUCUCUCUCUCUCGCUCAAGGGUUUUAGCUCAGAAAGUUGACUCUUUUGAACUUCUUUCUCCCUCCUUUGAAGUAUUUAUGCUCAGUUGUGCAAAUGGAUCCACAAUUAGAGGAAUUAUAUGGGACUUUGCAUCGAAUCAAGUUCAGUGACCAAAAGGUUCCGAUUUUGGCAAGUAACAAUCUUGUUAAUACAUCGAAAUUACACAAUUCCAAUUUGAAUUUGAGUUUUGAAAAUCCUUCAUUGAUCCCCCCAAACCCAAAUUUGAAUGUGGUUUUGCCGUCGGUAGGUCAGGGUCAGGAUACUGAGUCAUCCCUUCAUGAAGAUUAUGAUUUUAGUGAUGCUGUACUUAAGUACAUCACCCAAGUUCUGAUGGAAGAGGACGAGGAAGAGAAAACCCGUCUAUAUCAUGAGCCUUCAGCUCUUGAAGCAACGGAGAAAACAUUGUAUGAUGUGUUAGGGGAGCAGUAUCCUUCUCCACAAAACCAAUAUAAUUUGCCUCAUAUUAAGCAUGAUAACUGGAAAGUCAAUGGUGUUAGUAGUUUUGUCACUGAUGCUUACAGUGGAGCGAGUAGUAGUAGCAGCUUCAUAGACCCUAAUUGGUCUGUUUACCCUUAUGGAUAUAACCCUUUACCCAUAGUUGAUUUUUCCGUGCCUUCCCCGAACUUGUCAUUGCAAACAUCUUUCAGUUCCUCGAAUAGACCUUCCUCGAACUUGUCAUUGCAAACAUCAUACAGUUCAUCGAAUUAUUCAGGGGGGCAAUAUGAUGUUAUGCAAUUGAACCACUAUGAGUCACCAUUUAACUUAGCAAGUAAUGCUAUUGGUUUGGUGGAUGCAACAGCAGAAUCUCCUGUGAGUGCCCUUAGUGUGUCCGAGAUAUUCAAUGAUAGUCAGUCGAUGUUGCAGUUUCACAAAGGGAUUGAGGAAGCAAAUAAGUUUCUACCAAAGUUUAUUUUGUCCAAAGAUUUGAUGAAUAGAAGCUCCUCUUCCCGUGAUUCAGUAGUUAAGCUGGAAAAUGUACAUAAAAAUGAGAUUCCAGCAGAGGUUUUGGGUGGAACAAAGCAUCGCAAUCGAGAUGAAUUGCAGUCAGAGGAAAGAAGGGGGAAUAAGCAGUCAGCUGUUUCUCAUGUUUCUGAUGAGGCAGUUAUGAGAUCAGAAAUGUUUGAUAAGGUGUUAUUGUGUAGUGGAGGUAAAAAUGAUGCUGACCUUCGGGAAGUUUUACAGAGUGGACUAAACAAAAACGCACAAAAUGGUCAGCCAAAGGGGUCUGGUAGUGGCGGCAGAGGACGUGGUAGGAGACAAGGGAGUAGGAGAGAAGUAAUAGAUUUAAGAUCCCUGUUAAGCCUGUGUGCGCAAGCUGUUGGAUCAAAUGAUCAAAGGAAUGCAAAUGACUUGCUUAGGCAAAUUAGGCAAUAUUCUUCUCCAACUGGAGAUGGAAAUCAAAGACUGGCACACUAUUUUGCAGAUGGAUUAGAGGCACGCCUUGCUGGUGUUGGAACUCCUAUAUAUAGCUGUCUUCUCACUGGCCCUGCAUCUGCUAUUGAUAUCUUGAGAGCUUACCAUAUGUUUUUAGCCGUAUGUCCUUUUAAGAAAAUGGGAAAUUUCUUCUGUAAUAGAGCGAUUACAGAGGUGGCGGAGAAAGCAACACAACUUCAUAUUAUUGACAUUGGUAUAGUCUAUGGUUUCCAAUGGCCUUGUCUAUUUCAGCGCCUUUCAUCAAGACCUGGUGGGCCCCCCAAAAUUCGUAUUACUGGAGUUGAUAAUCCACAACCGGGGUUUCGGCCUGCCAAAAGGGUAGAGGAGACAGGGCGUCGCUUGAAGAACUAUGCUGAGUCUUUUGGCAUAACAUUCGAGUUCAAUGCUAUUGCAAAGAAGUGGGAAACACUUACGGUUGAAGAUCUCAAGAUUGAUAGUGAUGAGGUACUUGUUGUGAAUUCCAUGUUCAGAUUUAAAUAUGUACCCGAGGAAACAGCAAUGGUUGAAUGUCCGAGAGAUAUGGUUCUCAAUCUCAUAAAGCAGAUAAAACCAGAAAUUUUCAUACAAGGUGUUGUUAACGGGGCUUUCAAUUCCCCCUUUUUCAUUACUCGAUUCCGCGAGGCUCUCUUUCAUUUCUCAACUCUGUUUGAUUUGCUUGAGACUAAUCUUCCACGGGAUAUCGAAGAAAGGGUAUUGAUUGAGAGAGAGAUAUUUGGGAGACAAGCGAUGAAUGUGAUUGCUUGUGAGGGUUUAGAAAGGAUAGAAAGGCCAGAGACAUACAAGCAGUGGCAAGUCCGAAAUGAAAGGGCUGGAUUCAGACAGCUACCUUUAAACCCCGAGACAUUGAAUAUGGCGAAAAAGAGGGUGAAAUCUGUGUAUCACAAAGAUUACUCCAUUGAUGAAGACGGGCAUUGGUUGUUGCAGGGAUGGAAGGGUAGAAUUGUCUAUGCACUCACAACUUGGAAGCCUGUCUAUGAAGAGCCCUCCUAAUGACGGGUGAUCAAGAAUUUCAUGUUGAAGUCAGACUCCUACUGAAAUGUGUCAAAUGCUUCUCAUUUCAAAUGACUUGGUAAAAGGUUAGGGAGAAAUGGAACUACUGCCUACCAGAAUACCAGCUACCACAUAUAAAGCAGUUCAUCUUCCUGGGAGAUUUCUCUUAAAAUGUAUCUUUGCAUUUUUGGGGUAUGUCCAUUAAGGCAUAAGUUAUGCCAGUCGGCAUCCUUUAAGAAUUUGUGAAGAUGUCGGAUCCCUGAAACCAGCAAGAGGGUUUGGUAGAUCAUAGAUUGCAGAAUCAGAAAAGAAGCUUCUAAGUUGGAUGAUUAUGGCUGGUAAAUUUGACCAUUUACGAGCUAAAACACUUGAGCUGAAGGAUUCUUAAGAAACUGUGGGACAAAAACAUCGUAACCUUACGAAAGCCACUGCUAGUUGUGGAGGUUUAUCUGGGUAGCUUCUGCUUUUGUUUUGUUUUAUAGGAGAAAGCCUUAAUGGAAGGCAUGUGUAUCUUUGCAUUGCAUAAGUGUCGAUGCAACGUAACCUAGGUAGUGCAACUGCUGGAAACCCCUGUAUGUUUCCCAUGUAAGUUCAAGUUUUUGGUUGGUUAAAUCUCAUUAGCCAACAUUUCCAUCUGUAUCAUCUGACUUUAUGUGCUUCUAAAAAGUUUCACUAAGGGUGCGUUCAA